AUGGCGUCCACUGCAAGAGACAUCAAAGGUAGCGCUGCUGGUCACGCUCGUAGUGUUUCCCGCAGCUUCAGCUUUUCCAUUUCCCCGUCAGCCGCCGUCUACUCCUCACCAUCCAGCCAAACCGGCAUGCAUGCUGCAAACCCGGCAGCCCUCAAACCAUUAAAACCAUUUGCGACUGAGGAUAUCAAAAUAUUACUUCUGGAAAAUGUAAACCAGACAGGAAGGGAUAUUUUGCAAGAACAGGGCUAUCAGGUCGAGUACUUGAAGUCCUCGUUACCGGAGGAUGAGCUGAUUGAAAAGAUCCGGGAUGUGCACGUCAUCGGCAUACGGUCCAAGACCAAGCUAACAGAGCGGGUACUCAAAGAAGCCCGUAACCUCAUCGUCAUCGGCUGCUUCUGUAUCGGCACGAAUCAAGUCGACCUCCAGUAUGCCGCGACACAUGGCAUGGCCGUGUUUAAUUCCCCCUUUAGUAACUCGCGUAGCGUGGCUGAAUUGGUUAUCGGCGAGAUCAUUUCCCUGGCUCGACAGCUGUGUGACCGAUCGAGCGAGAUGCACAAUGGGAUGUGGAAUAAAGUGAGUAGUAAAUGCUGGGAAGUGCGCGGGAAGACGCUUGGAAUCGUCGGAUAUGGACAUAUUGGAUCCCAACUGUCCGUCCUGGCGGAUGCGAUGGGUAUGAACGUGAUAUACUAUGACGUUGUCAAUCUGAUGGCAAUGGGAACAGCGCGACAAGUGCCCACCUUGCGAGAUCUUCUCAGUGAGGCCGAUUUUGUAACUCUACACGUCCCCGAACUGCCAGAAACCAAGAACAUGAUCAGCGCGGAACAGCUGAGGCAGAUGAAAUACGGAAGCUACCUCAUCAACGCCAGCCGCGGAAGUGUUGUCGAUAUCCCUGCUCUAAUCCAAGCGAUGCGCGAGGGCAAAAUCGCGGGAGCUGCGCUUGAUGUCUACCCCAACGAGCCUGCUGGUAACGGGGACUAUUUUAACAAUGAGCUCAACAGGUGGAGUGCGGAUCUGAGGGCAUUGAAGAACCUAAUCCUCACACCGCAUAUUGGCGGGAGCACUGAGGAGGCGCAGAGUGCGAUUGGCAUUGAGGUAGCCCAGGCGUUGGUGCGUUAUGUGAAUGAGGGUGUGACGAUAGGGGCCGUAAAUAUGCCUGAGGUGCAUCUGCGAUCCCUGACGAUGGAAGAGCCCAACCAUGGCCGGGUCAUUUUCAUCCAUCAAAAUAUUCCUGGCGUACUGCGGAAAGUAAACGAAAUCCUUAGCGAUCACAACGUUGAUAAACAGAUGACUGAUAGCCGUGGCGAUGUUGCAUAUCUGAUGGCUGAUAUAAGCGACGUUCAUACCAGCGAUAUUAAGGAUCUCUAUAACAGGCUCGAGAACUUACCAUGUAUGAGCAAAAAGUCCCGCAUCGCUUUCUCCCUCAUGAUGCUCUUGAGAAAGGGACAGAAACCGAAAUUUUUAAGCUAA